AUGGGGGACUUGGAUGGUGAGCAAAAACAAUUGAUCAAGAAGUUGGUAAACUUUCGCAUGAUCGAUGGUAAAAGAACGAGAGUUCGUGCUAUUGUUUAUAAAACUUUUCAUCGCCCAGCUCGAACUGAACGCGAUGUAAUCAAACUUAUGGUUGACGCCGUAGAAAAUAUAAAGCCCAUAUGCGAAGUGGUAAAAGUAGGAGUCGCAGGUACUAUUUAUGAUGUCCCUGGGAUUGUUGCCAGGGAUCGUCAACAAACCUUAGCUAUUCGUUGGAUCCUUGGAGCAGCUUUCAAACGACGUAUAAGCUACAGGAUAAGCUUAGAGAAAUGUUCAUUUGCUGAGAUACUGGAUGCUUACCGAAAGAGGGGAAUUGCACGUAAGAGAAGGGAGAAUCUUCAUGGACUGGCUUCCACCAAUCGAAGUUUCGCGCAUUUCAGAUGGUGGUAA